CGUGGAUUAUGAAAAGGAUCUGAUUUGGUUAAAAAAUAUAUAUUAAGCAUUGCAAAGCUUGUGAGAAAAAGGUGCAAAUCAAAAUGGACGAAGAAUAUCAGCAGCAAACUUCAGCGGCGAAGAAAGUAGGUAAACAACAUAAUACCUUGCCGUUGUGGGGAAAUGAGGGCACCAUGAACUUAAAUCCACUUAUUCUUGCAAAUAUACAGGGCUCGAGCUAUUUCAAAGUGCACUUGUUCAAACUUAAAACUUAUCAUGAAGUUGUGGAUGAGAUUUACUAUCAAGUUAAACACAUGGAGCCUUGGGAGCGAGGAUCACGCAAAACUUCGGGCCAAACUGGCAUGUGUGGCGGAGUGCGAGGAGUCGGAGCCGGCGGUAUAGUCUCAACAGCAUACUGCUUAUUAUAUAAAUUGUACACACUGAGGCUGACCAGAAAGCAGGUUAACGGGCUUCUAAAUCACACAGAUUCACCCUAUAUAAGGGCAUUAGGAUUUAUGUACCUUCGGUAUACUCAACCGCCAGCAGAUUUGUACGACUGGUAUGAAGAUUACUUACAGGACGAUGAAGAGAUAGAUGUAAAGGCUGGCGGCGGACAGACCAUAACUAUCGGACAAAUGGUUUAUCAAUUCUUGACAAAGCUUGACUGGUUCUCUACUUUAUUUCCUCGUAUACCAGUUCCAAUUCAAAAGCAAAUAGAGAAAAAAAUAGAAGAAUAUUGCCGGAAUAACAAUAUUAGUCCACAGCAGCUGGGUUCAGCAAGAAACGUAUCGUCCAAUAUGGGAAAUGCGAAUUACGAUUAUGAGGACGUGGGUUAUGAUCGACGAAGUGGUGGCGCUGGAAGUAGUCGAAGUCGAUUACCACCAGGUGCCAGUGGGAGUUAUCGCGAUGAACAUGAUGACCGCGAACAGUUUGCGAAUAGUGUUCAUAAUCGAAGACGUGAAGAUUCAACUGAGUACCAUAGCAGUAGAGACCAUGAUCAUCAUCGUGAGAAGCACAAGAAGAAGCAUAAGCAUAAGCAUCAUUCUCGAAGUCGAAGUCGCAGUCGAAGUCGUAGUGAACGGAGGAGAGAUUUGGAUUACGAUCGGGACCGUGAACGAGACAGAGACAGGAAUAGGGAAAGAGAUUAUGAACGUCGAGGGCGCGACUAUGAUGACCGCCGUCAUCGAUAAGAUAUGUAUAAAAGACACAGCAAAAUAUACAGAGGCACAAAAAAGAGUUACUUAUGUACUUAGUUUGCGGGAAAUACGUUGAUUUUCGACUACAAGCGCACUCAAUAGGAAAAAACCAUCAUUGAAUAAAGCAUUUCCAUUUAUAAACCAUUGUUAAACUCAGGAGGUCUGUUGUUUUAUAUUUUCUUUUUAUUAAAUACAGAAAAUAGAUAUACAUACACUGGUUCAAAUGUUACAAUAGUUAUUGAAAUUGUUUUGCUUCAUACUAAAGACGAUUUAAUAAACACAAAUUGCCACUAUA